UAUAUAUAUAUAUAUAUCUAUUUAUUUCCCUGUCCAAUUCUCUCUAGCUUGUUUAGUUUUCUCCGUCCACCUACGAGUCAAGAGUCUCUCCAUCGCUUCUCAAUGGAAAACAUCCAGCAUAAGCAUGUAGAAGUAAGAGGACUGAAGCUUCAUGUAGCUGAAAUCGGAAGCGGACCAAAGGCGGUGGUUUUCCUCCAUGGAUUUCCAGAAAUAUGGUACACUUGGAGGCAUCAAUUGGUUUCUGUGGCAAGCAAAGGCUACAGGGCAAUAGCCAUUGAUUUCAGGGGCUAUGGUCUUUCAGAGCAGCCAGCUGAACCAGAAAAUGAAACCUUCAUCGAGCUUGUCCACGAUGUGGUUGCCCUUUUGGAUUCUUUGGCCAUUGAUAAGGUAAUAUCUAAUUAAUUAAUUCACUAAUUAAAGUAUUCUUUUGCCAGAAUAUGUACCUGUUUUUAGGCAGUUUAAUUUCUUAAUCCCAAUUAUGUGGUGGUUUAUGUUGAAUUAACUAAGAAGAUUAUUGCUCUAGUGUUCAAUCGUUUUUUUUUUUGGUUUUUGGGUUGGGAAUGAG